UGUCAGAAGCAAAAGGGGCACAGAAAAAACUGCAGCGAAACGGCCCGACGAAAAUAAUUGUAUUUUUAAACGUGAAGACAUUAUAAUCAAUUGAUCUCGUAGACUUCUGAAACCAACAGUUGAAAGAAAAAUUUAAAGUUCGCGUUGUCAAGAAGCGAAAAGGGGGGCGCGCUCUGACUACACACCAACAACGCAUGUAGUUACAGCAUGGAGCAGCGUAUUCUGAAGCAAGACGGAUACUUGGAUGUGGGCGAUGAUGGCAACGAUGGAGCCUUGCCUGGCGGAGCACCAGCGUUUGAAAUACGCAACAUUGUCUAUCAUCCGCAAUUAAAUGUGCUGCUUGUGUUUGGUGUCAAUAAUCUAGUGAAAGUUCUAGAUGUCAAUUCCAGUGUUAUUUUGCAGACGUAUCAAUUGAGUACAAACGCUGAGAGCACCAUAUGUGGACGUUAUAUGCCAUUGCAAGAUAAGAUUUUGUUUUGGGAUGGCCACAAUGUUGGGCUACGCGGAGAUUAUAAUGGCGUCUUGCUGUUGGACACAAUACUACAGGCACCAAUUGGCCAGAACGAUGAUUAUAUUAAGCUGGAGCUCAUACUAUCCGAGGCGAUCAUCUUUCAGAACUGCAUAAAUGAACUAGAGAGCGAGGGCCUAGAGUGUCCUUGUGACAUUAGUAAUGAACUCACACAGAAGAUUAAUCAAGCUCAGCAAAACGCCAAAAAGGGCAUCAAAGCGCAGCGCUGGAACACAAUUUGUUUGGAGGUGCCCUAUUCCAGUUUAAAAUUGGUGGCUAACAAUGUGGUCAUCCUGCUUAAGCGACUGGAGCGACAUAUUCCAGUGUUAGCCAUAGCAUCUGCCAUCAAUGAGCGACUAACGGACAUGUUGAUGGGAUCACGUUUCUCGGAGUACGGUUGGAAUUACAGUAACUUUCAGCGUGUGCUUAUGCACUCGGAGGCAGUGCGUCGCCAAACAUUUGAAAAGUGGCCACAUAUGGAUUACAAAUGGGCGUUACCGGACCAAAUGGCGCAGGCGGGCUUUUACCACCAGCCUUCGAGCUCAGGGGAAGACCGCGCCAUGUGCUUCACAUGCAACGUCUGCCUGGUUUGCUGGGAGAAAACCGAUGAGCCUUGGAGCGAGCACGAGCGCCACUCGCCCAUGUGCCCAUUUGUCAAAGGCGAAUAUACGCAGAAUGUACCGCUAUCCAUCAGCUAUGCAACUAGUCCAGCAUUAACCGCACCUGGACUAGGCUUCGAUAUCAUCUCCAACAGCGACUAUGCCAAUGUACUAUGCACUAGUUGCACCGAAACAGGCGAGCUUAGCGUUUGGAGCAUUGAGCGUCACCUUAAGCUUAUGCAUACCCUACAUGUGCCCACGCUGCUCAAAGAAGUCUUCGAGGAGAACUUUGAAUGGGCGCGUGUCACAGCAAUCUGUGUGCUGCCCAAUGCACGCGCUCGCGCCAAAGUCAACUAUGUGUAUUCGGCCAACAACUAUAGUAGCAGCAGUGCAGGCAGUGGCGCUGGUCACGCUAGCAGCAUGCAUGGCAGCGGUAAAUUUAGCACCGGCGGCGGCACUAGUUUCAAUGCACAGCAUAUAACCUCCACAUCCACGUUGCGUGCUGGUGUUGUUGGCUCAAAAAUUGUGCUGGGCGUCAGCGUGCGACAAAGCAGCGGCGAGAUGGCCCUACGCAUGGUGGUGCUAAAUGUGGUGGAGCUAGAUAGGCACAGCGAGAGCUCGGCAAUUAUAAGCAAUGAUAGCGGCAGCGUCACAAGCAUUGGAGGUCAGCUUAAAAAGACAUCUUCACAGCUAGGCACAACUUCAAGUGAUUCGAAUGUAAUCGUCAGCCAGGCUAGUUUGGAAUCCUCGAAGGAUGAUGAUAAUAAGUCCAUGACGCCAUAUGAAAAGUUUGCCGAUGGCUUUGAUAGCAAUGGUUUUGUGUCCGCCCUAAUGACCUAUAACAAGAACAAUGGCGUCAAUAAUUCGGGGUGCAACAAUUCGUCCGGGUUGUAUGACUUUGAUUUGUCAACCUUGUCACAAAUACUGGAUAGCAAUAUGGAUGAAGGCAGCACUGGUCUCAUGGUGUCCUCCUCCAACACGGUGAAUGUGAGCAACAGUCUGCUGAAUAUUGACAAGCUUAUUGAUCAUACUGAGCCUGCAACGCAGCAGCAUAACAACAAUAAUAACAACAUUGACAACAACGUGCUGGGCCUGGGAUCGGCAAACAACAACAACAAUAAUAAUAAUAAUAAUAAUAACAACAACAGCAUGAUGAUAAAUGGCAGCAACAGCAGCAGCGACAAAUUAAACACCAGCGAGGAAAUUGAUUGUGUUGUCGAAAGCUGGACAAGUGUGCGACGCAUGAAUGCUUUGGAUGGCGCACAAAGUGCCAGUGGUGCCACAUUGGAUGCAAAGGAGAUUGUGGAAAUAGAUGAAAUAAUGCCCACCAGUGCCAAAUGCAAUCAGUUGUUGGUCAAGCUGUUGCGCACCAAGGCACCAGAAACGGAGGCAAGCAAGAUAAUUAUGGCCACGGUGGCCAAAGAGGAGGAAGAGCAACAGGUGGAGUCAAUGGACUUGGAUGAUAACAAUGCAGAGUGCAAUAUUGCGGCACAGCUGCUGCUCUUUGAUUAUGAUGACAUGCAGAUCUCUAAUGACUAUACGCUAGCCAUGAACUUUAGUCGCGCCAAGUGCCCCAAGCAGCUGUGCAUAUUGCCACCGUUUGGUGGCGUUGCUGCCUCCGAUGCCAAGGAAGCGGGCUCCAUAUGCGUUGUCUGCGCUGAUGGGUGUGUAGAAAUCUACUCGUUGGCUGACUUUCAAGCCACAUCUGUGAUUGAGGAGGAGGGCGAACACUUUGAAGCAGUUGUCUAUUGUCGCAAUCUUGACAGGCUCUGUUGUUGUUUGCGCCAAGGCGGCAUGCUCUUUUACUCUCUCAACGAUAGUGAAAAUGAUUCCGGUGAUGAGAUGCUCGAAAUGGAGGAUGACUGCAAUACCACUUUAACACAGCAGGCUUUAGAUUUAAGCGUGACUGACGGUGCACGCAACGAGGCAGGCAGGAGUGUGACAAACAUAACAAUUGAUGUGAAUAGCGAGCCCACUGGUGGCGCUUCAACAAGCCAAAGCGCACAAUUGCAAAUCUCCCCGUCCGCACUCUCACUUAUGGCCAACAAUGCCAAUCUGUUGGCUUAUAAGACAUCAGAUUUAUCGCUGGCCGAUUUGCAUUUGUUUUAUGCGCUAACACUGUUUGAUGACAAAUUGACUGUUUACUCAGCGGAGGUGCCCAGCUGUUGGAACGACUUGGGCCAGGUGCAAAAGCAACGCAAGCAAUCACAAAAUAUGCGUCAUGGCGGCGAUGAACGUGACUUUACACGCACCUGGCGACUGCAUAACGACACCACCACAUGGGAUGAGCACAUCAUUGAACUGAAUCUGGCGCAGCCUGUGCCGCUGGGUCACAUUGACUUGAAAUUUACUGUAUAUCAGCAGUGCUCCAAUCCGGCUGCCAUACAGGUCACUUUGCUCAAGCAGAAUACAAACGGCUUUGGCUAUCGCAUGAAGGGACCGCAUGCCAAUUAUAAACCGAAUGUCAUCGAUGAGAACAUUGAUCUCUCCUGCAUUGACAACCCUGUGUUUAGUGAGGAGUAUUUGCUGGCCCACAAUGCCGAGCUGCUGGCGGGUCCCAUUGAGCUCUCGUCUUGCAUUGAUUUGUGUGAUCAGGGCGGCACUGCCACGCUUACCUCGCCAAAACUAUUCAAGACACGGACGCGUAACUUUCUUCUGCACAUAAAGGCAGUGUCUGAUCCACCACAGGAUGGCCCAAAAACAAGAGGUUGCGAUUGGUUACAUGAGAUUUCCAUAAGCGUGCGUGCGGUUAAGUCGCAGAGUCGUAUUAGCAACGCGCGCAUGCAGCGCAUCGCCAUGUUGGAGAGCAACGGUCUGCUCGAGCGCCUGUUGCGCAUUGCCAGCGAUGCGGAGACAACACCGCUAACCAAAAAUCUAGCGCUGGACGUGCUCAAUUGGAUAUGUUUCAUUCGCUUGAAUCGCUACCGCUCGGCCAAAUCGGAACGCAUUAAGGACCAGAUCAACAAACAAACGGCGGCCAAUAUUAAUGAUUUGUUAGCACAGCAAUUCGAAUGCAUUUGUCUGGCCGAGAAGCAUAUUGAGCAGCUGUUGCGCAGCUGCAUUAUUUACAGUGAACGCAACACGGCGCACAAAUGCGUCAAACUGUUGGUCAUGUUGACAGAAGGUGUUACCAACUUGCCAGUUGAGCUUCAGAAGCAUGCAACACUGGAUGUGAGCAUAAAGACCGCCAUUGCGAAUACUUUCUAUGAACUGCCGCGUGCGCAGUGUGGCAGCGUGGUGCGUUGGUAUACAAUGUUAACGUGCGCUACCUCCACAGCUGAGUCGCACAAUAGCAUAUCCGAGUAUGCUAUUAAUUUGCUCAAGGAUAUUACCAACGAAAUUGAUAAGCGCUGGGAUCCACAUUGCGCUCUGCUUAGCACACGCUUUGGCCUCUAUGGUUAUCCCUUUGAGCCGGAAAUAUUUGAUUUCGAUUAUCCCAAUAUCAAUCGCCAAGCCUCAAACUCCGCUGUAGCGCUUAAUAAUGUUAUACGCAGCAGUGCGACUAUACUGCCCGUAACAGGACUUGACAUUAAGCGUUUGAGCUCAAUUGACGGCGUAGACUUUCGCACUUUUCCACAUUUGAUACGGGGCAAAAGUAUUAGCAAUCAGCUGCGUGGCCUGCUUGAGGUAGUGCAGCUCCAUUUUAACUGUGUUCAAACCUCAGAAGCCACACGCAUCGAUAGCAUCGACAGCGUGGUCAAUGGUCCGGCGAGUGUGGUUAUUGAGGAUGUCAUGAUGAUUCCAAAGCUGGUGACAAACAACAAAGGCAAGGAUGAGGAAUUGAUAAGCGAUCUGGUCAGCGACGUGGAGUGUCUGGUGGAGGAAAUGAAGGAUGGCAAGCCCAGAUUUGGCUCAUUUAGCAUGGUUAAUGGCUUCAAGGACAAGACUUCUGGUUCACUGCUAAGCGAUUUGGAUAACUCACUGCAGGAGGAGGUAAACGAGAAGGAAGCUAUGAUUGAUAAGCUGAAGAUAUCAAAAUUUUUGCCACAGCUCACACUUUGGAACAGUUACAUACAGAAGAAGUUUGGCCUGAACGAGGAGAGCAGCUACGAUGCUUUUGGUGAGCUGGAGAACUGGGAGAAGCCUUUGCUCAAAUCCAAUCUAGAUGUGUUGCCCGAGGAGUCAUCGCUGUCGCAACAAUCCGACCAAUCGCAAUCGUCCGCUACAGGCACAGGUACCGGACCAGGCGCAGGCACUGGCAGUGACAGUGCCCGCAGUUUGAACGACGAUGCAGCCGAACGUGAAAAAAUACUGGAACACUUAAGUGCAAAUCCUUGUCCACCUAUUGCCUGGCACAAGCUGCUAACGCCACCACCCAAGCUAAUGAUUGUGGUCGAUCGCAUGCCUUCAGGCGCACGUCGCUUUGUGGUCCUCGAUUUUGGGCAACAUGUGCUACUCACCGAUUUGGUGAUACCCGCCUGCGAUGAGCUCACAUCCCUCAAUAUAGACAUUUGGUGCUUUGACGAGGAGACGGAUUGCACGCGUUUAGUGCAGUCCGUUGAUAUACAAACCAAGACGCUGGUGUUAAGCGAUAUGCAGCCUCCGCCCAUAUGUCGCUUUAUGAAGUUGACUAUUGUGGGACGCAUUGGCACGUCUUCAACCAAAUGCAAAGUGCCGCUGGGCAGUUUCUUUGGGCAUCCGGUGGUGUUGGAGCAUGAUGGCUAUGGGGAUAAUUUGGUGCGUUUUGUCAAGCAGCCAACGCAGGCGCUGCACAUGCAUCUUAAAUCGUUGAAUGCACUCUAUGAGGAUGUACACUGCCGCUACAGCUUGGCAAGUGCCAAACUCAUGGAGCUACUGGCGCCCAUGCGUCACAGCGAAUUAUCCAAUGUGGCACAUCUGCAGGCCUUCAUCAGCAAGCAGCGCGAAGAAGAACUUAGCUGCGGCCUUGACAACAACAAUAACAAAGUGGUUGCGCUCUAUGAGGAGUGCAUGCUGCUGCAAUAUCAAAUUAAUGUAAUCCGCAAUGUAGUGCAGCGCUUAGAGCGUGCCCUGCCCUAUAAGCUGCAACGCACACCAGCGCCGCCAAGUCCGGGACUCAUCGAGGAGUCGCUGCGCAACGCUUCACGCGACAAGCUGCGCGUGCUGAGUCUCAGCCUGGUGGAAGUGCUCUUGAACUUUUCCAUAGAAUAUGGCAUCAAGAAUAUACUGCCCGUGCAUCAACGCUUCAAUGUGUCCACAGCCAAAGCGCUCUUCAAUUCCCUGGUCGUCUAUGGCGAGGCGCAACUCCAGCUGGCCACCUGCUCACUGCUGGUGCGCAUGUGCUGCUUCCAACCCUGGUGGGGGGACUUCCUGGCCGACACCUUCUGCAGCCUAUUUUCUGCGCAGAACUGCAAAGCAUUCCCACAGGAUCGCAUUUUCUUCUUGUUGACAUAUUUGGGACGUCGCAGCAUUGCCAUGGGCGCCUGCCGAUCCAUUGUUAUAGAUGCGGUACUGAAGACCUUAGUGAAGCUAUUGGCUCCCAUAUCGCCGCAUUACAAAUUUCAAUCGGAGCAGCCGAGCACUUCCGCAAGCGCAGCGGAACGCACAGCUGCCAUGGGCAGCUCGUCUGAUCUGCAAUUGAUUACCUGGCUGCUCCUGUUUCUAUCGGUUUGCCUGGAUGACAACAAUGAGCGCAAGGAUAAAUCUGCCGCACGCUGGGACUUUAUGAGCUGCGAGAGCGACUUUACUAAGACGAGGCCCAGCAAUACGCCAAACAGUAAACAAUUGCGUUGCUUUAAGAAGCGCAUUAUACAGCAAAACAAGUACUCCGUGCAACCCUAUACGGAUUGGGGCAAGAAAAUUUACAUGAUACAGAACGAGCAUCCUGGAAUAUUUAUGGAGCUCUCCAGCAAAUCGAAGGUCGGCGGAAACAGCAAGACCACCCCGACCACGGGCAAAAUGGUCAGCAGCGGCGGCAUGUGUGUGCCAGGUGUGAGCGCCAACUCCAAUGCCACUGCCAGCUCCACUGCUAAGACAAACAAUGCUAUAGGUGGCAAACAAAUGGAUGGCUUUGCUGGAGUCAGCGAUGCUGAUAGCAACUUUGACAAAGGUCUCAAGACAUUGAGCAUGGCAAACAUUAAAGUUGUCAUUCGUGGUUUGUUCGCUUUGCUCUUAGAAAUGAAUUUCGACUGCAAUAUGGAUCAGUUUUUGUUAACCUGCAAAGUGAUUGCACGCCUUGUGGCCGCAUGUCGUCCCUCGGUGCGGCUAUGUAAGAUUAUUACUAGCGCGCAGCUGGAACUGCUCAUACGCUUGGCCGUCUGGAAUGAUCAGCAACAGCCUUGGGCGGUACAUGCCAUUACUUGUCUGUUGCAGGAUUUGUUGGAUGCUGAUAAGCAGUUUAGGGAUAACGAUGCGACGCCUACCAAUGAUGGGGUGCGUCCAUUGGUAACAGCUACGUUGCAGGAAACGCGAGAUCUGUUUCCAGACUUUGCCUCAACGUCUACGUGCUCCGUCGCACAGGCUGCAUCCUUAUAUAUGCCAACCGCAAGUGAAUUUUAUCAGGAGGCAGUCAAAUAUAAUUACUUGCCGUCGUUGAUUGAGUGCGAGGACACGGAGUUCGAUGAGAUGCUCAACGACAUUGACAUGAUCGAACGCACCAAGCCUAUAACCAAAAAGGAGAGCAAUGCACUUUGCAAGAACACUUUCAACUUUUUCUGCAAAUCCAUAUCAAUUGCUAUGGAUUCGCGCUUGGAUGCGGGUCUGGAACUGCAUGUGGAAGCGCAGCUGCGACGUUUAACCAAUCGCACUUCAUUGGAUUUGUAUUCAUCGCUGCCACAGGUGCUAACCAAUGAGUUUGUAUCGACACCACCUGACGCGGCUCCCUGGCCGGAGUAUUUAACGCAACUGUGGUCUGGACCGGAUUACAGUGGUCGAAAUACAUACAUUAUGUUUAAGAAUGUGUUCGAUUCCAUACUGGCUGAUUUGCAUUAUGAGGAUACUUGGGUGCACCUGGAGCAAGUGCUGCAAAUGUGGCUAACACUUAACUGUGAGCUUGCCGAGAAGCCUUACACCUCGGGCAUUACGCAAACAGACAUUCCAAAAAUACCAUUCGGCGCCAAUGCGGUGCAGGGCUUACUCCUGGCUUUGGCCUGGCAUAAUGAUAUUAAGCUACGCACUUGGUGCUUGGGCUUUCAAUGCCUAUUCCUGGCCUGCAAUUCGCUGCCCAUUGGCGACGAUAUCACCGACUGCACACGCAUCAAUGAGGUCAUUGUGAACGAUGAGAACUUUGAGAAAAUGCUGCUGCGAUUCUUUUCCGGCUAUGGCAUGAGCUCCUCCAUCAUUACAAAUCGCUGUGCUGGUCCCACCAUUUGCAAGCAUCUGCAUGAGCUGCUGCUGUGGCUUUAUAGUAAGAAUGAAAGCGGUGGCGGGCUUAUACCCUGUAAGCGUCGUCUUAAGGACAUAUUGCUGCAUGUGAUAUUGCAGUUGGUGCAACCUGGCGGCGCCAUGAGCAAUCAGCAAGGACCCAUUGAUGCGCAAAAUCAAUUGGUACGCGAUUUAUUACUCAUGCCCAACGACAAGGGCGAUCUCAAUAUUGCACUCAAAAUCAUUGAAAGUGUUUCCUUUCUGGUGUUUAACAACAUUUCCAAUGGCGAGAAGCUGCAGUGCCAGCGCAGUAAUGAGAACACCAAUGCUGGCAAUAAUUUUAGCAAUCUAUUUGCUAACGUACUCGGCUCCGAGAAUCCUGCCAAGCAGAAUGGAAAUAUAUGCGACAGCUCGCUAAUUAUUAAUUUACUCAAGCUUUCCUCACAUAUGGUGCUGACAGAGAUGCCCAGGCAGCCGAGCGAGGUCACCAUACCCGAGGAGGAGGAGCUUUCGAAUCAAAGUCAAACAGAUGAAACCAAGGCUGAGCAGCUUAAUACCGAAGGACAUCGCAGCAAGGUGCCCUGCAUAGCUGAUUGGGUGCUGCGUCAGUUUUCCACUAUGAAGCGCUUGUUUGGCGCUUUGUCGCAAUGUUCCACGAAUACAUUUACCAUGAUGUCCUCCAGCUGUAUCUUUUCGCUUAAAUCGAAUAUGAUGUUAACCGAGCCGCAAACCAUAGCCGAUGCUGUGUUCAGUUUGAUGGUAACCUUAAGUGAAAAGGCUUCUAACCCACGGCUGGUGGUGGCGCCCAUUUGCCAAUAUCUUGAAGAGACCACCAUACAACGCAAUGCGACAUUGCCCAAACUGCAGCUAUCGGAGCCAUUUCUGUGGUAUAUAUCCAAGGUGCUGGAGGUGACGGCGGCUGUGCAAAUUUUUACUCAACUUGGAGGCAUACAAAUAAUUUGCCACAACCUGGUGCGGCAGCACAAAACCAUUAUCAACAUGCAGCCGGGACUGAUAUCAUUGAUAAUGCAGCAUAUGACGCGCAAUACGCGUCUAAAGCUGAGCAACCAUGUGAGCAAUGGCACUUCCUGCAAAAAGACCACUACCAGCACGGGCGCCACAACCACAUCGACAGCGGCGCAAACGUCGAGAAACACUGGUGCACAGUAUGAUGGGUUAAUUAAUUUUGCACCCUUCUCGCAUAUUGUUUCGGAGAAUGAUGCGGCACAGAGUGCCGAGAUGCUGAUAUCGAAUCCAAAUGGAACGCAUAGAAGACCGCGCUCACCCGCCUGGAGCUAUAUGUUUUAUCCAAAUGAAACACACGUGGAUUUAACCAUCACACUGCCCACGGCUAUAUUGCUGAAGGAAGUGCAGCUGGUACCGCAUACCUCUAGUCUGGCCUCUUGUCCUUCGGCGGUGGCAUUGGAGCUCUCGCGCGAUUAUGGAGUGGGAUCUAUUCCUGUGGGUGCACCCAUGGCGACGACAGGUCUUACCUGCAUACGUCUCAAGCUGGCCAAAGCCGAGGUGGCCACCAGUAUUGUGCUGCGGCUCUAUAAACCAAAAGAUUGUGGCAACGUGGGUCUGGUGCAGAUUGCCGUGCUAGGUCAGACCAUUUUUGGCAAUCGACUGCAAGGAUUGCGUGGACAGAGCGCCUUUGGUGCUGACUCUUUCAUGUCCUGCACCUCACACUUGCCCACAUCUGCAUUGUCCGCCUUGGAUGUGGACUCCAUGCCUGAGGAUGAUGCCUUUGCCAAAACAAGCAUAGGCUGGGUGCGCAUACUCUCACGCUGCUUCCAUGUGGCUGCCUUGCAACCAGACAGCAAGCUAUCCGAUCUAAUUGCCUCCUACCCAGCUGCAUAUCCAGGCUUUCUAGAGGCCUGCUGCUCGCUACUAAACAUCAUGCCUAUGAUACCUAGCCUGGCGCAGCAGCAUCUUGAGACCAUAUUACUCAAGCUGGGUGCCUAUAAUCAUGAGCUGAGCCUGCAGCUGCUGCGCACGCUGCUGUGGCAUACAACGCCGCAGGUGUUUAAGCUGUCCAGCGAUGCUGUCUGCGAUCUUAUAUACCAGGUAGUCAUCAGCUCUACGACCAACAUGCUAGACAAGCUGCGCGUUCUGCUUGACUGGAUUAUGCAGCUGCAUGACAACUACAGCAAACAGGCUCGCUGCAAUAAUCCACAAAGCGGCUUCGUCAAGGUCAUUUCCUCCAUUCUGUGGCAUGUGCAGCGUCAACAACAAGUGCCUUCGGCUGAUUUGGCGCAGCUCAUAACGCCGGCUUUGUUUGAAACGUGCUAUCAGUGGGUAGCAGAGCUGGAGCACGAUGAGCCAUUGAAGUGCAGCUUCGAUGCGUUGCUUUGUGCGCUGUGCUACAUUAAACCCGAGUUGUUCAACCAGAUGCUGGUCAAAUUGGGCAUUAAGUUGGAGCCACAGGCGCCGGGAAAAACGGAUGAUAGCAAGGUGCAGAGCGGCAGUGCUUGGUUUAGACGCGAGGGCAGCGAGAAUCUGACGCAGUUACUGCAACGACCCGCAUUCCUCAAGACGCUUGGCUUGGCCUGCCAAUCCCCGGUUGCUGUUUACCAAAUGCUGGACUCGGGCUUACCCAAGCUGCUGGCCCAUGCCAUUUAUGAGUAUUGCACCCACUUGCUGCCCACCCCAGAAACUAGCGCUCCCAGCCAGCCAGUCGCAACUUCAGAGCCUGUUGUUACCGCUAGUUGUAGUAGUCAGCGUCAGGCCACUGCCGCUGGAGGAGAUUCCCUGCUAACAGAUCACGACAAAGCUGAGGCAAGUGCCGCUCAGGACACAGCACCGCUCUUGAGCAGUGCCAAUGUGCCCAAGGUGUUGGACUUUUUCGCCGAGUGCUGUGCCGAGGGACCCAUGCGUGACUGGCUGGGCACCAUGCAGGGUUCAAUGUUCUGGAAGCCACUACUGCUGCUGCUCUGCAAUACACAUCUGACACAGUUUAGCCAAAGCUUGCCCAUGCAACAGUCGUUUAUACGUCUGGAGCGUGCCACAAUUAAUUUCUUUACGCGUGUUAGCGCCUGCCAUCCAAACAAUCAAGAGGUGCUUACCUCGCUGCUUAUAGGCGCCAUCAUAUGCAAGCCGCUGCGCACUGCGGUCAGCAGUCGACCCACCAUCUCUGGAUUUACGCGACAACUGGUGCUGCAGCUGCUGCUAGAGAAUGAGCAUAUAACAGUCGCUGUGCGAAGCCAGCAGCCGCUGCAACGUCGCGAUACCUUGUCGGCUAUUAUGGGUGGUGGCUCUAGUGGAAAUGGUGGCGGCGCAAGUGGCGGUGCCAGUCAUAGUCUGCCCGUUGCGGCUGUCAAUCAUCAUCCCGCCAAGCGCAGCAGCGCGCAUCAAAUGCUCUUCAACGUCAACGUCAACACAACCUGCCAGGAGGUUAUGCUGAAUUGCGUCAGCGUCUAUAGUAACUUAGUGUAUCAAACGCCAACAGAUCAGCGCGCGGGUGAUGCGACAAAGAACAUGCCAGCCGUUGCUGCUGCCAAGGCAUGCGAUGUUACCAAGAUCGAAAAACCUGGUUUCAUGAAUUUUGCCAGCAUGGAUGCCGGCAGCAUGCAGAUUCCUGUGGACGCAGCUGUGGCGGCAAAGGACAAACGCGUUAAGGAUGCAAAGAACCAAGCGAACAAGGACAAGGAAACUCAAACCAUGCAAUCACCCAUGUAUAUCUACACCGGUAUUUUCAACGUCGAGGACUUUUUGCUGCAAAAUGGACAUGGGGCCACUGGCAGUCAGCUGGUGGUGCCCGAUUAUCCGGAAAUAUUGGUGUGUGGUGAUGCGACAGUCUCGCAGGUGCUAGCUACAAUGAUGGCUUCUGGCCACUCGCUGUCCGAACCCUGCCUUACAUUGGAUUUGAUGCCCCAACGCACAGUAGGCGAGGAGAAAACCGAGCUGCGAAAACUAAAAGCCACUUGUACGGAGCCGUUGCCAACACCCUUGCAACGUUUCUCUAGCAGCGGUGGCUUAUCGUUGUUGGCACACUAUCUGCCCACGGUAUAUCCGGAGUAUAUGGGUCGCAAGGCCACCGCUGUGGCGAGCGAAAAAGAGAAGAGUCCGCCGCUGUCAGAUUGGGUAAAACUAGUGCCUAACGAUGAGCUCUAUGAGGAUGUGGAGGAUACCAUAUGUGAGCCGACGGUGAAACAAGUAACUGUUAGCUCCGUGCCGCAGCAUUCGUUGGCCGCCUUUGGUCUAUUCCUUCGCCUGCCGGCCUACUCUGAUGUGCUCCUCAGGGAUAAGCAGCGUGCGCAGUGUCUGCUGCGGCUGGUGUUGGGCGUAACUGGCGAUGGCGAUGGCAAUGACAUCUAUAGUCUGUCCCUGGCGCCUUCAUUGCCCACAUUGCCGUUUGAGGUAUUCCGACAGUUGCUAGAUAGCGUUUCUCUGUCCACGGACGAUGGCAUGUUGCUGCGUCGCGUGGUGAUAGAAGUGGGCGCCAUGCAUCUGGUGCUCAACUGCCUGGGUAUAUUCUCGCAUCAGUCGCACAACAACAAAAUAGGCGCCACGCUUAGUGAGGCCUCAACCAGCAGCAAUAGUCAGAGCAACAGCAAUGCCAAUGCCAAUGGUGGCAGCGGUGCUACAAGUAAAAGUAGCGCAGCUGAUGAGCCCAUAGCCAAUACGGUAACAUCGGAUGAUAAGAGUCAUAUCUAUUGGGCUAAGGGUACAGGCUUUGGCACUGGCUCGACUACGCAGUCUUGGAAUGUGGAGCAAGCGUUAAUGCGCCAGAAGAGCGAAGAGGAGCAUGUCACUGUGCUGCUGCUGGUCUUGGCUAGCUACAUAAAUCCCGGUGACUGCAUACCAAGCAAUAUGCGUGGCGAGGAUAUACUUGCCUAUCAUGAUGUGCGCGAUCUCGGUAUAGAAAGCGAACUGCCGCCUCUUUUCCAAGCACUGCUGCAGCAGUCGUGCCUGAUACCAGCGCUCAGCUCAUAUCUGCGCAACGAUUCAGUAUUGGAUAUAACUAGACACAUUCCGCUUUAUCGUGCCAUACUAAAGCUGUUGCGAGCGCUCACGCUCUCCAAGAGUCUGGUGUCGCUGCUGCAACCUACAUCCAGUCUUAGCGGUGAGUGUACGCCACCCAUAGCGGAGCUGCUAAAGAACAUGAAGACCUGCGUGGACACAUAUGCCAAACGACUCAAAGUCAACAAGAAAUCAAACAUCAAGGGCCAAACACAUCAGUUAACUUUCAAUAUUGACGAUGGGGACGACGAGGGUCUAGCGCUGCUCAUACCGGAUAUACAUGAGACCAGUGUGCUUGUGCAAAAGACCACAGAUGCUGAUGCGCUAAUUAAUAUGAAGCACAGGCGUAAGGAUGGUGUGGGCUCAGUUGAUCGACCGAUAAAUAAAUCUGUUGAGCAGCGCUAUCUAGAGCUCAUGAAGAAGCGUCAAUUCGAUACGUUUGAUAUGAUUGUCGAAUCGGAUAACAAUAGUUUUCGCUUUGUGGUUUCUCAUCAUUUUGAGAAAAUGGUACGUCUGGCUGGGGAUCGCUAUCAUCCGUCACGUGUCAAGCGCUUGGCGCAGGAGGCGGUAACGCUCUCCACCAGUUUGCCGCUGAGCUUUAGCAGUUCAGUAUUUGUGCGCUGUGAUACGGAUAGAUUGGACAUUAUGAAGGUUCUCAUAACUGGCCCCGCAGACACGCCGUAUGCGAAUGGCUGCUUUGAGUUUGAUGUGUUCUUUCCGCCAGAUUAUCCCAACUUGCCCAUGCUCAUCAAUCUGGAGACCACAGGGCGCAAUUCGGUGCGCUUUAAUCCAAAUCUAUACAAUGAUGGCAAGGUAUGCCUCUCUGUGCUAAACACGUGGCAUGGUCGGCCAGAGGAAAAGUGGAAUGCACAAACGUCCAGUUUUCUGCAGGUGCUCGUCUCUAUACAGUCCCUGAUAUUGGUGCCCGAGCCGUACUUCAAUGAGCCUGGCUUCGAGCGAAGUCGUGGCACGCCGAGUGGCACAAAUUCGUCGCGGGAAUACAAUAGCAACAUCUAUCAGGCCUGUGUGCGCUGGGCCAUGCUGGAGCAGAUACGCAAUCCCAGUCCAUGCUUUACAGAUGUCAUACAUAAGCACUUUUUCCUCAAGCGUGAAGAGAUCUGCUCGCAGAUCGAGGGCUGGAUUGAGGAGCUGAGCAAGCCGCAGUAUACGGAGCGUGCUAGUCGAACCAUAUCAUUCAAUUCAAUGGUGUUGCGUCGACAUUAUCGCCAUUUGCGAGAAGAGCUGGCCAGGCUGAAGCCACCGCGCGGCCUAGAAGACUUAGAUGCACCUUUUAAUCCAGUUGCCACAUUGCCGCCAAUGGAUGUUUCCACUGCGGCGGCUGCCAAUGCGACGACAAACUCCCAGGUAUUCACCGACGAUCCACUGAAUCUGGAUUUCGUUAAGGAUAUGAUCAAAGAAGAGGAAGCAUUGGCCGGCGAGGGAGAGGUGGUCGAAAUUCUAAGUGAUACGGAGAAUGAAAGCAGCGUCUGGCAGGACAAGGAGGAGGACACACCAUAAGAUUACUUUAUCCUAAACGACGACGACGAAGAAGCCGCCGCCGCGCACUAGACAGUUUUAUUUUUACGUUUAUAAGUUUUGUUUUAUGCUCUUUUGUUUUGUUUUAGUUUUUGUAAGAGAGAGACUGCAACUGUAACAGAACUUGGUGUGCUUUACAUAAUGAAAAAAAAUCCCUAACUAUAAAUGUUAAUCGAAGAACCUUUUAAAAAAACACACACACACAUGCACAUCAAUAAAAAAGUUUAAUAAUAUAUCUGAAUACAUAAUUAUUUUUCAAGCAAGCAUCCACACUCAUUAUAUUGAAUGUAAAACAAACAUUUUUCACUCG